AUAAUAUCAUUACACUCUGUCGAGUACCUACCUAACCUACGUAGGUCCCACCACCUAUCGCACACGGCGACGAUAAUACAAUUUAUAUAAAAUACGGGCCGAUAAGCCGAUGGACGAUUAUUAUUGCCGAUCGGGCGCGUACGUAUGGUCCGCCGGCGUUGUAUUUCUCACGUGUUUAUUCUUCCUAGGCACUUCGGUCGCUUAACCUACAAGUCGGAACGGUGAAAAUAAUAUUGUGAUCGCAUAUUCUCACGCCGACAUCGAAAACAGCACGGGCCGGCUGUGAAGUGUUCGCGGUGCGACGGCAUUUUUUCCGCUCUUAAAAACCAAAUCGAUCGAAAGCGAAGAACGGAGAUAAACCUACGUCUCGGAUAUUGUACCUGAAACGAGCCAAGAGCCAUAAACACUUCCAAGAUGUCCAAACCAUUGUGUCCUAUUGCAUUCGAGCAAUCCGAUGCCAAUUCAAUUUGUACAACGAACAAAAGGAAGAAACUGAGUUUGUCGAAGGAGCUGUUAAGAGACAUCACGCGAUUUAAACGUAUGCUCAUCACACGGAAAGAAAAUUACGAAGUCAGUUUUCUCGAUCCCGUCAACGGCGAACAGCUGAAACUCAUGUGCACCGACACCGUAUGCACCGGGCGCGUGCUGCACGCGGGAGUGCGGACGCUGCAAUCAGCCAUCGUCCGGGAACGGUCGCACAGGCGGGAAUACGUGGACGGCCUGAUGCGUUACAUGCGAGAGCUGGACAAGCUGGACGAGUCCAAGGAGGAGCUGCUGGAUGGCCUGGAGCGGAUGCGGGCCGGCGUGGACGGCACCGUGGACGCUCUCCGGGCGGACGUGGAACGGGCCCACGGCCAGUACGAGGAACGCAAGAGACGGUUCUUCCGGUUCUCCGACGGCGCGGACGGAUCCGAACCGCAAGAGUUGACCGCCACCGCUGGCGAUCACGAGUUCCAGUCGCUGUGCUUGGACGUGGCGGCCGACACCGUCUCGCUACGUAGCCACGGCGAUUGCUGGCCCGAUGACAUCGAGACCGACGACGAUGACGGUUGGCUGGAAGACAUCGAAGCCGACGGCGACGCCGACGCCGCCCAAACGAUCUUCCGACGGCUCCGGCGGGACGCAGAGGCUCGUGGUGCUGACGGCUAUCGGUCGCGGACUGACGAACUGCUAAAGCUCUGGCGCGCUAUCAGGUCCGUGUCCGAGUACAAUCGGACGCUUGAGACGGCCGCACGAGAGCUUGACGAACAGAAGGAUUCCCUGCAGGCCAGCCUGUGCUGCGCGACGGCCGUGUGCACGGCGCUAGACGCAGACCAGUCGGACAAGAAGUGUCGGGCGGUCGUGCUGGACGACUUCUGCGCUGUCACCGAACAGAUCACGGCGCAGCAGAUCAGGAACUUGGAGUUCGGCCGCAUGCUGGCCGUCGACGAAAGGCAGAUCGAUGAAGAACUGCUCAAGAUCGGACAGCUGAAGGCCAAGGUUGCCAGGAAAAAAGAGAAAAAGCAAAAGCUUCUUGAGCAAACAGACAGUGUGAAAAGUCAACUGGAAGUGUACAAGAAUCGUUAUGAAGACUUAAAUAGAAAAAGAGCUCUUCUCGAAGACAAUCUAAACAUGACAAAACGUUCACCCAGCAAAUUAGCAAAUCAAUCAGAGCAACAAGGUUUCGGACAGAGAGUGAAGCAUUUGGAACAACUCAAAAACCAAUACAACAAACUGGCUAAUAAAAGAGAUGCGUUAAAACUGAAAAUUCAAACUCAACAACAGGUGGUCAAGACACCACGUCGGAUAAAUACGUUUUGGAAUACUUAGCCAUACUUUUUGCACAGUUUAUUGGAUUAACCUUGAUUUUGCAAAUAUUCUUGUAUGUUUAGGCGUCUCAAAAGCUUUAUUUUUCACUAAACCAGGCUCAAAGUUUAAUUAGAAUUUAACACGUUAAUAUAACACAUCAUUUUACUUUUUUAUUUAUUUAGGUCAUAACAUUCUAUUUAAUUUACUGUCCAAAGCGAUUAAUUUACUUUUUUCAAAUUUAGUUAACUUUAAGAUUAUAAUAUGUGCACAGUGGUUUAAAAAAAAAAAAUUAUACAUUGAAGCAAAAAAUGUUUAUUUUAAGUUCAUCUCGAUAAUAAUACUAUUACAUAAACAUUAAGUUUGCUUUUUGUUCCAUUGUCCAUAAACUAUUGUUAUAAUUAUGAUUAUUUUAUAAUUAUUAUUAAUAUAUAUUAUGCGCAAGCACAUUACAUAUGCUAUAUAUACUUAUUAUUGUUACAAAUUGUGUAAUAGUUUAAAUUUACAUAACAAUCAAUGUCUAAUAUAUGUAGUUAACUUAUGUAAACACAACAAAUGAAGAUCUUAAAAUACUUAUAAAUACUACUAAAAGCGCAUCAUAUGCAAAUAACAGUAUUGUAAAAUAAUGUUAUGUUAAAAUUGCAUUUCAAUCGUUAGAAUACAAUAUAAGUCUUCCACUUAAGAUGCUAAAAUUUAAAUACUACGAAAAAUUUUUUUAUAUAAUAAUACAAUUUAGACUAAAAAAAAAUUGAGUAAAAUGUUUAAUAAUACAAUCACAGAGUAAACAAUGUAUUCCAUAGCCAUUGGUACACAUUCUUUUAAUGGGGGUACUCAAAAAUUAUCGUAAGAAUGCCUCCGUUUCAUUAUAAUAUGUUAUAUUUCAAUGUCAUUUCUGCUAAAUGUAUAUCAGGUUUAACAAUUGCAAUACUAAUAAUAUAACU